AUCGUGAUGAGUGGGUGGGCAAAAGCCGUUUCGUCAGCAUUUGCACGUCAACCUUCCCUCCAUAACCAAACCAUUCGAAGUAAGACGUUCCCCCUCCCCGUGACCGUGUAAAACCAUCUGUUCGUCUUUAUAAGACAACUGUUUCGUUUUGGAAAACAAUUGUCUUAAGAAUUCGACAACUCGCCAGCUGAACAAACCACCCGCACAGGAGAACCCUUGGUCCUUGGCGCUCCGCCGGUGAGUAGGCUAGGUUACGACAAAGACGAGAGCUCCGUGGUGCAGCCACACUCCAGCUCGGAAAGAAAAGGGGAUUUGAAUUAAGCACCGGGCAUAGACAGCAGCUGUGCAUCCUUCGGCGAGGGAGGGAGGGUGGGAGGGAGGCGACUGUUUUGUAUCUUGCAAGCCCGGGGUAGAAAGGGGAGGAGGGACGGAGAAUGAGCUAUUCUUGUACUAGUAGAGGCAACAGCCAGGACCCGUCAAGCGCUAAGUCCACCAGCAAUAAUCCAGGCAGUUGCGGUGGCGGAGAUAACGGGGGCAGUAGCAAUAACAGCUCCAGUAACGUUACCGGAGGCGGCCAAGCGAGCCCAAACCCUAACCCAACGGCAGCAAUGAAAGUGAAGAAAGGCUGCAAUUCGACGGACGUGGGGGCCCCGGUGACAACGGAGGAGGAGCUGCUUGCCAACACAAUAAUCACCCCCGAGGAUGUAUUGGGCUUACAGAAGAUCACAGAGAACUACCUGUGUGGGCCCGAUGAGAAUGUGUUCAAUAUUGACUUCACCAGGUUUAAGAUCAGAGAUAUGGAGACGGGCACCGUACUGUUUGAGAUCACCAAGCCUCCUUCCACAGAUAAAGCAGGAGACAAAAGGGAUGUUGACCCAAAUGCCGGCCGCUUCGUCCGCUACCAGUUCACUCCCGCCUUUCUCCGACUGCGACAAGUGGGCGCCACUGUGGAGUUCACAGUUGGCGACAUGCCCAUCGAGAACUUCAGGAUGAUUGAAAGGCACUAUUUUAGAGAGAAACUACUCAAGAGCUUUGAUUUUGAGUUUGGCUUCUGCAUGCCCAGCAGCAAGAACACCUGCGAACACAUCUACGAGUUUCCUCCCCUGUCCGAGGAUGUCAUGAGAGAGAUGAUCCUGCACCCAUACGAGACGCAGUCAGACAGCUUCUACUUCGUGGACAACAAGCUGGUGAUGCACAACAAGGCAGACUACUCCUACAGCGGUGGCCCGUAGGGGCCCUGGCUGGCUGACGGAGGGACAGAUGGAUGUAUGGACAGACCUGGGGACCAUGUAUGCUCCCCUGCUCUCCCCCCAUCCCAAUUCCCUCCUCCAUGGAACAGCAAUGGUCCCACUCCUCACAACAGCUCUCAACACAACCAUAGACCAAGCUGUUUAUGUGUAGGAGUGUGUGUGUGUAGGUGUGUGUUUGCGAAUGUGCACACUUGUACAUGCGAGCGCAUCUAGAUAAAGUUUGUUUUGAAUGCAAGAGUCUGGGAGAGCACACAUGCACGUACACACACAUACACACACGCACAAACAGACUUGGUCAGACACUGCCAUUGAUCCAGUAGAGACUGUACCAGCGUAUAAGUGUGUGGUAGGGUGUGUCUGAGUAGUCUCAAAGGAUAUGAAAGACCAGCAAGGCUCUGUUUAGGACCAGUUGAAAAAUGAGAAAGAUAAGGCAAGUGCUAUUUCUUCAGAUUCUCUGAAUGUGUGUGUGUGUGUGUUACCUUGUGGAUGUUUGUGUAUGAAAGUUGGUGUGUUUUUCUGUCGAUGUGAGUCUCCAGCAUGACAAAGUCAAUUGAACUUGAAUCUUUUCCCAGAUAUUCACCUCGACCUCUUACAAUAAGCGCAGUACACAGACCAUCACAUUUGUCAAUCCGUAUAAUCGAAAAUGUGUCUUUGUAAUGAUAUGUUUCUUCUCAAAGAUCAGUCGUGUUCCCAGUUCAGAUACCUGGCGUAUAGUACACUUUAGAUGUGGUAGCAAAUCGUUUAGAGCCAUCCUAUCAUCUUAUUGACCUAUAUGGCCUGCUGUGCUGAGAGCACAACAUUUGAAUGGACCUAAAGAUAAGUGAUAACUGUUCAAAAGAAAAGGGGAUUUUGCCCUAUGUGUAUUGUGCCGUUUGCGUGUACCAGCAGAUCCUCCCAGUGUCCUUUUUCACUUGAUGUGUGCGAUAGUCUUACAAUGCAACUAACGUUAGGUACCGACCACAUCCCAUGAGGAUUUAUACUUAUUAUGUCUGUUUGUCUCUUGGCAUUUGGAAUAUGUAAAUCUCUUUUAUAGGACCAAAAAGGGAAACUUGAAAUGCUCUACUGAUACACGGCAAUGUCUUCGUUUUCAAUUGUAUUUGCGAGGGGAAAAACGUAAUGAAUCCCGGUCUGGAAUGGAAUGUAGGAUGCUUUUUAAGCAUUUACUCUUCUGAAAAGUCCACAUCCUCUCUUCCUCGCGCUCUCCGUCUCCUGCUCCUCUCUUUGUCUGCUCUGAAAACAUUCCAGAGAGUUAGGACCUGUGUGUUUGUGUGUUUAGCAGCAGGUGGCGCUGUCCUUAUCCGGACAUAUCUUGGGACAGUCAAAAGCUGCUUCCUACCCUCAUCGACUUCAUUGUGGUUGUACUGACACUGAGGGGUUAGAUGGGUGACACACAAACUUCCAGGAAGCAUCCAUCACAUUUGCUUUCAUGUGUCCAGGUUGUUAUGUCACUGGAAGUGUAGAGAUCCAGACCUUCAAGGCCACAGUGUCACCUUGCGCUCUUUCUCUCUCUCUCUCUGUCUCUCUUUCUUUCUCUCUCUGUCUCUCUCUCUUUCUCUCUCUCAGGAAACCUUUUGUUCUUUAGGGCUGGUUAAUUGUCUCUUAUUAGAAUGGGAGACAAGAUCAUUUAGUAAUCAUUUGGGACAGUGUGGAUACUGGACCGAAGCGGCUGGUUUCCCUGGUGUCUGAGGUGAGAGGUGCGCCUGAGGACACUGUGGCCCGAUUGGUGUAGAGUAGUGCCAGUGCCUGAGGACACUGUGGCCUGAUUGGUGUAGAGUAGUGCCAGCUGUUGGAGCCUAACCUGACUCAGCCACGUGGGUUGAAAUGGAUUGAACUUGAAUGACGAUGUUAGUCAAACAUGUAUAACAGAUUUAUUUAUGAUUGUGAUUCAUGUUAAAUGAUUUUGAAAUCAAACUGUUUAAAUAUGUAAAGUUUUUGACAGUUCAAAUGCCAGUCUUGGAAAGCAAAAAAUAAAGGUUUAUGUGAAUUUUUGAAAUAACA